AGAUAGGGCCUCAUACCCCCCCGGGGUACAGAUACCCCGGGGUACAGAUACCCCAGGGGUACAAUUACCCCGGGGUACAGCUACCCCGGGGUACAGAUACCCCGGGAUACAAAUACCCCGGGGUACAGAUACCCCGAGGUACAGAUACCCCGGGGUACAGAUCACCGGGGUACAGAUCACCCGGGGUAGAGAUACCCGGGGUACAGCAUCCCCGGGGUACAGAUACUCCGGGUACAGAUACCCCGGGGUACAGAUACCCGAGGUACAGAUACCCCGGGUACAGAUCACCCGGGGUACAGAUCACCGGGGUACAGAUACCCCGGGAUACAGAUACCCCGGGGUACAGAUACCCGAGGAACAGAUACCCGGGGUACAGAUCACCCGGGGUACAGAUCACCCGGGGUAGAGAUACCCCGGGGAAUCUGGGCUCCCACAAGUGUAAUGUCACUUAUACCCCGGGAUACAGAUACCCCGGGGUACAGAUACCCCGAGGUACAGAUACCCCGGGGUACAGAUACCCCGGGGUACAGAUCACCCGGGGUAGAGAUACCCCGGGGUACAGCAUCCCCGGGGUACAGAUACCCCGGGAUACAGAUACCCCGGGGUACAGAUACCCCGAGGUACAGAUACCCCGGGGUACAGAUCACCCGGGGUACAGAUCACCCGGGGUACAGAUACCCCGGGAUACAGAUACCCCGGGGUACAGAUACCCCGAGGAACAGAUACCCCGGGGUACAGAUCACCCGGGGUACAGAUCACCCGGGGUAGAGAUACCCCGGGGAAUCUGGGCUCCCACAAGUGUAAUGUCACUUGUGAGAUCUAUAUAA